AAUACUCCAAUAGUCCAUUACCAACAAGUCAACAAUCACCACUAUCCGAGUAUCUGCUACUACACUUCUGCCAUGGCUGCUUCUGCUACAGCUACUGCUACUGCUACUGCUUCUUCGUCAACUCUGUUCUCUACCUUCGAACCUCAAUUUUCUCUCUCCUCCAAGGGGUCCCACUUCCACUCCACUCUUUCUCUUCCACGCCAUCGACUCCGCCUCCCUAACCACCCUCUCAGGGUUUCCGCCUCCGUAUCGUCGUCUGCGGCUCCCGUGGUUCAAAAUUCUCCCGGUGAUUUUGUUUCCUCCAUUUUAUCCAAGAUCAAAGCCAGAUUUUCUCGCAAUGAUUCCGGUGAUCUUGUCUCCUCCAUUCUCUCAAAGGUCACUGAAACAGAUCGAGGUGUUUUACUAACUAGAGAAGAGCACAAGGAAGUUGGCGAAAUUGCUGAAGAACUUCAGAAAUAUUGUGUUGAUGCUCCAGUAAAAUGCCCCCUCAUUUUUGGAGAUUGGGAUGUGGUUUACUGUUCGAAUCCAACUUCACCCGGUGGUGGCUACCGAAGUUCAAUAGGGCGUCUUGUGUUUAAGACAAACGAAAUGGUUCAAGUUGUUGAAGCUCCUGAUACUGUGAGGAACAAGGUGUCCUUUUCUGCGUUUGGGUUCCUUGACGGAGAGGUAUCUUUGAAAGGUAAGCUGAUAGCUUUGGAUGAGAGGUGGAUUCAAGUUAUUUUCGAAGCACCCGAAUUGAAGGUUGGAGGGUUCGAGUUUCAGUAUGGUGGAGAAAGUGAGGUGAAGCUGCAGAUUACGUAUGUAGAUGAGAAAAUCAGGUUGGGGAAGGGUUCUAGAGGAUCAUUGUUUGUUUUCCAAAGACGUUAACUACUCUCAUUAUGUAUAUUCAUCUCCAUUUGCCAAUUUAUACACAAUCCCAAGAAAUAUUGUGCUGUGA